CCGGAAAUGGAACUACGAAACUGGGCGGGUGGUGCUCAGUUGGCACGCCUCCUGCUGCACUUUGCCGCCACUGCCCACCUGGGCUAUGCCAUCUACUACGACUACCGAUACGCCCAGCUGCCCCAACUGGCGGUCGACCUGCGGCUGGAGCCGCCCAUCGGUGGCAAGUUCAAGUACAUGACCUUCCUGGGCGGCCUGAUGCAGCUGGGCUAUUACUCGCUGGCACUGACCUUUGACAUCACCCGGAACCGGACACUGCGGCCUCUGAGGGACUACAUCCUGGCUAGCUUUGUGGUGCCGCUGUCCCUCACAGUCAGCCUGACCUUCUGGACCCUGUACGCCAUCGAUCGGGAGGCCAUCUACCCGGGUAUUCUGGAUCUGGUGUACCCCAGGUGGCUGAACCACGCCAUGCACACCUUCGUGGUUGUCUACGCGAUGCUGGAAUUGGGCUUCACCCGCCACAGGUAUCCCAGUCGGAGUCAGGGUUUCGGCGGACUGGCCACCUUCAUGGCCGGCUACCUCAUCUGGGUGCACAUCCUGUGGUUCAGGACCAGCAUCUGGGUGUAUCCAUUCCUCGGCGCUCUCAGCUGGCCGCUCCGGCUGAUGUUCUUCCUCCUGGUGAUUACCUUGGGCUUCCUUUACUACAUCCUGGGCGAGACCCUGAACUCCGUCCGAUGGAGGCGUCCUGCCAUCGCAAGGCGCUGGAGUGGCAGUGAGUAGGAUGUCUGCUGCAGGUUUUAGUUUAAGGCUCUCUUCAUUUUAAUAUUUUUCAAUGUAAUGCAUUUCUUA